CUGACCCCUCGACGCAGGAACAACAGAAGAUUCCUCUAUCUGAGGAUGACCCUCUUUCUUCAUUGCAUCUACUUGCUGACAUCCUUGAUGAUAAGCCUUUGGAGGUUCAGUAUGAUGCUAAUGUAUUUGGGCAUGGCUCUGAGGUCCCAAUAUACCUUAAUAGCCAAGAUGUCCGUGAGCUUGCGUCGGGAACACAAGAGUUGAAUAUUUCAAUUAUUCAACUAUGGACGAUGUAUAUGUCUGGGGUCACUAAUAAGUUGGGGCGUUCUGAUGAUUAUGGAUUCAUUGAUCCCCAAGACAUUCAUGAAUCAAAUGAUUUUGAUCAUAUCAACACGAGAAUGAUAAGCAGUUUUCGAAGGGGCAAGAAAAUAUACUUUUUGCCUUAUAUAUCCGGGCGCCAUUGGCAACUUCUUGUUAUGUCUGUGCAAGACAACUAUGCUUUGUGGUUCUGCUCAUUGCACAGGCCUCCUCCCACACAACUCAGACAAGCAAUUGAUUGUUCUAUUCCAGCAAGUAUGAUGAUGGACGGGAGAUCAAUUGUUAAGAGUAGAAAGAUUGCUUGGAUUUCUCUCAAGUGUAACAGACAAAAUGGGUCAUAUGAGUGUGGAUACUAUGUAAUGUAUUGGAUGACCCAUAUUGUUCGUUCUCACAUCACAAGAAGCUGGGAAACGAGAUUCAAGACUACUACACCAGUUCCUGAGAAGUCACUACUAUUCAUUAGGAACGCUGCUGCGAAGUAUAUAGUUAGAUUAUACAAUAGCUCUUAGAUUUAGAUUUAAACAAUGCAUUUGAUUAGAUAGAAUUUUCUUAGACUCUCUACUUUAUUUGAUGUUGAAAUACAUUUGAACAUG